AAGAAGAGCUUCGUGUAUGCCUUUCUUCAAUUCCUGCCAGGAUAUCAGCUUUGUGUUCAUCUAAACAGGCCCAGGUUUCACACUGACGGUAUUCUGUCGGACCUCUUUCCUGGCGUGGGCGUCCCCGAGCAUGACUACGGCAUGCUUCAGUCGAACAUCGAGGCAGCUCUAUGCUCCCGCUCCCUGCAGCCUGUCUCCAGCCUGACCACCAAGGUGAUCCAGCUGUACGAGACCAUGCUGGUGCACCAGGGUGUCUUGCUGGUGGGCCCUACAAGAGGCGGUAAAACCACAGCGUACCGUGCCCUCGCUGACGCACUGCGCACCCUCCACGAGACAGAGGGCUGCGAGGUGAAUCUCUUAUACAAGCCCAUCGAGACCGACGUGCUCAACCCGCAGUCAGUGAGCAUGGAUGAGCUGUAUGGUGAAGACGACCCUCUCACACGGGAGUGGAGUACCAUCAAACCGUCUCUCGGCAGUGACAUCGCCGACACGCACAAGUGGGUGGUGAGUGACGUACCUGUGGACGUGCCUGUGGAUUGAGAAAAUUACCUCCGUGUUGGACAACAACAAGACGCUCUGUCUGGCUAACGGUGAAAGGAUCAAGCUCACACCUUCUACACACAUGUUAUUCGAGGUGUUACCCAUCAGACACAGGUAGCAUCGGUCCUAAAAACCAUCACAAACAAGCACAAGCAUGUCAUUUCCAAGAAGAUUUUUUUUUUACAUUAAACGCGUUCCUGAUGGAAAGGUCACACACAAACGUAUCUUUAAGACUUCACUCUUUCACAUGCCUAUAACGAGCGAUAAACGCAUUCGAAGCAUGUUAUAAAGCCUCCGUAAUUCAUUACGCAUAGUAUUUAAAUAAAUAUUAUUAUAAUAACAUGCACUACACUACAUUAUGCAUUAUGAAUUCUUAACGUAUUGUUAACACGUCUUUACUGUGAGCGGGAUGAUGACCAGACGGAGGCAGGCUCCCAGGUACUCA